AUGAAAUUCCAGCCUCUUCUACAGGGAAAAGUCGCUGUGGUCACCGGCGCCGGGUCCGGCAUUGGAAAAGCCACAGCGCUCUGUCUCUCACAGGCCGGGGCCAGUGUGGUGAUAGCCGAGCUGAUCUCCGUGACCGGAGAGAAAACAGCGGCGUUCAUCCAAGAGCAAACGGGGAACCCAGUUCUGUUUGUUCAGGUUGAUGUGAGUCAGUCGGAAAGCAUCAGAGCAAUGGUCCAAGCCACAGUCGACAGAUUUGGCCGUCUCGAUAUCGCCGUCAACAAUGCCGGCAUGCACCCCGACUGCACACCCAUAGAGUCACUUGACGAAGACUACUGGCACCGACUACUGGCAACAAACCUCACCGGUGUGGUGCUGAGUAUGAAGUGGGAGCUCCGCCAGAUGAUUGCCCAAGGCCAAGGGGGUAGUAUCCUCAACAUGGCCUCUGGCACAGUGUUCCGGGCCCAGACGAGGAUGGCCGCCUAUGUGGCAGCCAAACAUGGCGUCAUCGGGCUGACUCAGACCGCUGCCUUGGAAAAUGGCUGUCACGGUAUUCGUGUGAAUGCCCUGGCUCCUGGUGGCGUCGCCACCGAGUUGACCAUGGCCACGCUAGCGGCGAUGGGUAGGACAGAAAAGCAAGAAUCAUCACGUACUAGUCUGCUGGAGCGCUUUGCCCAACCUCACGAGGUGGGCCAGGCGGUGGUCUGGAUGGUGUCGGAUGCAGCGACGUACAUGACGGGAUCGACGGUACCUCUCGAUGCGGGCAUGUCAGUAAUGUAA